CCCCGCCACGACUCCUCCAUCUCGCCCUCCCAUAAUCCUUUCUCACAGUCCAUAGGCACACAAUCGCAGCCAUGGACUCAUUAGUCUCGCAGUACAGCCGCCCGGCGCACUCGGAGGAAGAGCAGACGCAGCAAGAGCAGCUCGAGCUCUACAACUGCACCCCGGAGCUCUCUCUCAAGUUUGCCCUGCCGCCAGUAGCCCAGUCCGCAUCAUGGCUCCGCGCAAUGACAGACGACUACUCCAACCCCAACUGCCCCAUUAAGAUUGCACACGGUACCACAACCCUCGCCUUCCGCUUCAAGGGCGGCAUCAUCGUCGCCACCGACUCGCGAGCCACGGCCGGAAACUGGAUAGCGAGUCAGACGGUCAAGAAGGUCAUUGAGAUCAACAACUGCCUGCUGGGAACCAUGGCUGGUGGCGCUGCUGACUGUCAAUACUGGCUCGCGUGGCUCGGUAUGCAAUGUCGCCUCCACGAGCUCCGACACAAGCGCCGCAUCUCCGUCGCCGCAGCAUCCAAGAUCCUAGCGAACCUGGUGUACUCGUACAAGGGCCAGGGCCUGAGCAUGGGCACCAUGUGCGCCGGCGUAACCCCGCAAGAAGGCCCCGCACUAUACUACAUCGACAGCGACGGCACGCGCCUCGCCGGCAACCUGUUCUGUGUUGGCUCCGGUCAAACCUUCGCAUACGGUGUGCUCGACGCAGAAUACAGCUACGACCUUGAGGAUGACGCGGCGCUGGAGCUCGGGCGACGAAGCAUCCUCGCCGCUACGCACCGCGACGCGUACUCUGGAGGUUUCAUCAACUUAUACCACGUCAAGGAGGAUGGCUGGGUCAAGCACGGCUUCAGCGACACGAAUCCUAUCUUCUGGGAGACGAAGCUGAAGAAGGGCGAGUUCUCGAAUGUGACGAGUCAGCUGGACUAGGGUGGCUGAAGGUGUGGGUGGUUAGACUAAACGAUACUGUGAGGGAUGUGGAUGGGCAGGCAUGCAGAGGUAGACUGCUGCUC